AUGAGCUUAAAAAAAGAGUGGCAAGCGUGGACAAAGUUGAUGGAUUCAAGCAAGGGAGUGUCCGGGAUAGGCUUUGACUAUGACACCGGUUUGUUUCAGGUACCUGACGAGUGGUGGGACAAAAUGGAAUCAAUCAACAAGGCGUGUGCGAAGUUCAGGAAAAAAUUUUUGGAACACCGUGACUUGAUGGAGACGGUUUUCAUGGGGGCAUCAGCUACUGGGAAGCACCAUUGGACCCCGGGAGAGACCCUUCCUGAAGCUGAUGAGGACUCAUUUGAUUCACCAAAAAGGAGAAAGACGCCAUCAACAAGUGUUUCAAAGUCGAAGAAGGCAACAAGUGGUGCGUCUGUUAUUGUGGAAAGCAUGAACAGAAUGACAGAUGUGGUUCGUUCGAAGAAUCAGCAGGUCACGGUUAGGCACCUCACAGGCAACGAAUCGCCCUACACUAUUUCUGAGUGCAUGCAUAAACUGAGCAGUAUUCUAUCCCUGAUUGGUACGCCAUUAUUCCACUUCGCCUCUACACUUAUGGAUAACGCCGAUUACUGGGAGAUCAUGAUGUGCCAGCCUAAUGACGACCACAUCAUUGGAUGGCUUACACAGAAGCAGUUCCAGUGUACUGCGUCGGCGCCUUUUGCAAACCUGUUUGGGGGUCGCCGGAUGUGA